GAUAUUCAAUGACCAAUUUGCCCUCAUGUUCUUUCUAUAAAUCCCAAACCCCCUUCUCCUCAUUCCUUCCAUUCCAUUAGCCACUCUCUUCAUUUCCAAUAGUAUAUCCGCGUUUUGUGUGUGUGUUUUUUAUAUUUUGGAGAGAAGAUGUUGGGAGUGUUUAGCAGCUCGAUAGUUUCGCCGCCGGAAGAGCUGGUGGCGGCCGGAAGUAGGACGCCGUCGCCGAAGGUGACAGCGGCUAAGCUGAUGUCCAGGUUCCUGGAGACGAACUCAUCGGCGGUGUCCAUGCAGAUUGGCGAUGAUGUCCAGAUGGCUUACACUCACUGCAACCAGUCGCCUUUACAGCCCAGAUCAUUUGCAGUCAAGGACGACAUGUUCUGCUUGUUUGAAGGAGCGCUCCACAACUUGGGGAGUCUGAAACAACAAUACGGCCUUGCAAAGUCUGCCAACGAGGUACUUUUGGUGAUUGAAGCCUACAAGGCACUUCGUGACAGGGCACCUUACCCUGCAAACCGAGUGGUUGGCCACCUCGAGGGGAGUUUCGCGUUCAUGGUAUUCGACAAGUCGACUUCCACUUUAUUUGUGGCUACCGACCAAUUCGGCAAAGUUCCUCUCUAUUGGGGGAUCACUGCUGAUGGAUAUGUCGCAUUUGCUGAUGAUGCUGAUUUGCUAAAGGGUGCUUGUGGCAAGUCACUUGCUUCCUUCCCACAAGGUUGCUUCUUUUCCACUUCAGACGGAGAACUUAGAAGCUAUGAGAAUCCCAAAAAUAAGAUCACCGCUGUUCCUGCUACCGAGGAAGAGAUAUGGGGAGCGAAGUUCAUGGUGGAAGGGCAAGGCGUUUUGGCAGCCACAAAAUAGAAGAAGGAAUUAUCUUUAUUGAAAAUGAUAGAGCUCAAAUUGGUGGGAAACGAAGGGAAAAAUGAGUGGCAUGUAAAUGAAUGGAGGAGAUGUGCUUUGUGUCUUGUCAAGUAUUAGAAAUGAAAGAGGGAAGUUUGUAUUGAGAUAUUCCUUAUCUGCUUUCUUGUAACAGUGUUUAAUCGUUGUAUAGCCUCCUUUUAGUAGUGUAAUAAUGUUUGAAUCGAAGUUUGAAACUGAUCUUGUAACAGUGUUUAAUCGUUGUAUAACCUCUUCUUUUAGCAGUGUAAUAAUGUUUGAAUCGAAGUUUGAAACUGAUCUUGAA